AUGGGUGUCCGCAUCCUCUACGUGUUGUCCAACCUGAUCAUUUUUGGACUUUACUAUUACAUCGGCAUGAACAUUAAGGCCAAACGAGAUUUGACAACACUGAAGUACGUCGAACCGGCGCCGAUGGGCUCGGGUGAAGAGCCAAAACUGGUAACCACCACCAUUCAAGAGUACGAUCAGACACAGCUCGCCGCAGCCUAUAAGGGCCAGCUCAUGGGCAUCGGAAUGAUGGCAUUCAUGCAUUUAUACUUGAACUACACAAACCCGCUUCUUAUCCAGUCCAUCAUUCCCCUCAAGGGCGCAUUUGAAGGCAACUUGGUCAAGGUUCACCUGUUCGGCAAGCCGGCAGUAGGUGAGCUCAAGCGGCCAUGGAAGGCUUCAGGAGGACCGUUUGGCAUGGGUCAGGGAGAGAACAAGAGCGACAAGGCCAGCAUUGAGGCAGCUGAACGUGCUGGUCGUGGCGGUGCAAAAGAAGAGUAG